AGCUAUUAAAAUCCAGGUGACUGGCAAAGGCAAAUGCAAAUGGAUGGAAAUCUUGCGCAAAAACUCCAACAACAACGAAUACACGCGCAGUCUCUUCUACACCAGCAAAGAGAUCUACGAGCAUAGCGAAACGCCUCUGCCCGAAUUCGAACCUCGCGGGCUCGAACUGUCUCCCGGCGAGCACACUUUUAGCUUUAAUGUAGCGCUGGGUCGUGAGUUGCCCUCGAGCUUCCGUGGUAGCCAUGGCAGCAUCAAGUACAAGAUGCGUGUCCUCAUUCAAAGACCCUGGAGCUUUGAUGAACGGCACACCAUACCGUUUACGGUUGUGAAGAAUAUGCCUUUGCCAUCGACAUGUCGCAAUAAUCCCACUCCGCUGGAGAAGCAAAUCACCAAGACAAUUAGCCUAUUUGGCACUCGGCCCAUUACCAUGCUGGCCCUGCUGCCCGAGGACUUUGCCGUGCGCGGCGAACCAUUGAGAAUCUGCGUAACCGUCAUGAACAACAGCACGACGAAUGUGGAGAAGCUGCGCUUCAACAUACUGCAGUACGUCACUUACUACAGUCAUGUGCCGUUGCGUGUGCAAAAGGUCGAGUGCAUUGCGAUCGCCAGCAAGGAGACGGGUGCGGUGAGCAAGAAGAGCGAACGGAGCUUCGCCCACGAGCUGCUGAUGCCGGACACGGCACAGCCAACGGAUGAGCAGUUCAGCGGCGUCAUAACCAUAUCCUACGAGCUGCGCGUUGAGGCUGUCCUGCGUGGGUUCUUUAAGAAUUUGGUGCUCAACUUGCCGUUCAAGGUCUACUCGCAGGAUGUUUCCGCCAGGUUGGGCUCGGUGCGUCCGUCGCUGCCGCCACGUCCCGACAAUGGUCCACCAACACUAGAUUCUUCCAUUGGCUCGCCAUCGCAUUCGUCGGUGUAUAGCGAGUGCAGUUCCUUGAACUCCACCGCCUCGGACUCCACGCUGAGUCCGGCCGUUGGUGGCGUGGAGCUGUCCUACACAUCCGGCUCGCAAUCGUCGCAGUUUGGCAGCCCCUCGGCCCGGGCCAGCCUGCGCAGCAGCUCCAAUGUGCCCUACAUGCCUUAUGCUUCCAGCCCGUUGAUGGUGCAAUCGUAUCCACCGCCGCAUCUGCCCCCGUACCCGUUGCCCGAGUCGCCGCAGUACACGCUGCUUGCCUUGACGCCUCCGCCAGCGCAGCCUCCAGCUGGAGCCAGCGGCUAUAGCCAGCUGCCGUCCACGUCGGCAGCAUCUGGAUCAUAUAUGCAGUCCCGCCACCAAGCCGGCGCGCACGCAUUGCCUCCCUCCUACGACGAGCUCUUUGGCAGCGCCAACGCUCCGCCGGAAUCGCCGAAGUAAACUGGCGAAUCGCCCCCACAUACAUAUAAAGUUCAUGCCGCCCAGUUAUAUCUAAGCUUUGCCUCGAAUCGCAUCAGGAUUACUUUAGAGUGCUUGCCACCACAUAUGCCUACGUAACCAUUUUCUGGAGUUGUGAAAUGUAACGUAUCUCGAAUCAUCAGCAAGCGCACAAUUGCCAUCAACACAACUUGUCACACAAACUAUUUACAAUACGCAUCAUUGUAAAGCACUGAUUGAAUAUGAAAUUCAUACUUGUAUACAUACAUAUACAUACAUGUAUAUAUGUAUUAUGUAUAGAUAAUUUCAUUAUUUAACUUAUGAUUAAGUUGUACGUAAGAUAUUCAAAUGUAAUAUUUCAGAAAUCGAUCGGCACUUACCUUGCCUUCGCGUAGUCGCGUCGACUCCUUUAAAGUAAGGCCAAUUUUGUGUUCGCACCUUUGUAAAAGGCGUAACCGUUUUUCAUGACCUACCGAAUAGUUAGCUUAUUGGCUUGAAAUCAUAUUCGAAAUAUUUCAACAAAUUAUUAGUCCUAAAGCAAUGUAUUCGAAUAUUGAGGAUUAGUUAAACGAAUUUUACACUGAAUUAUCGUUAACUUAAGGUACGUCU